AUGGAUCUACUUGACGAUAUUAUGGGCGGUAUGGACCGGCAGCACGGACCGAAAAAACCGAAAUAUGGCGAGGACAAGCCGUCUCCAUCAGCCCGGCCGGAACCUGCCAAUGUGAUGGCCAGACGGAUACCAAAGUCUUCUCAAAAUGAAUUUGGCAGCCCUGCUCCCGAAAAACAGAGAAACCCCGGCUUCAACCCACAAAAUAGAGGAGGAGGCUUCGAUCCAUCGCGCGAUCGACGUGGCACUGGGCCCCAACAAAAUGCGAUACGCCAACAACCAAGGGCACAAGGAAGCGGCUGGGACAGUCCCAGCUCUCACAAUUCGGGCAGAAACGAUCGAUGGGGAGCGCCUUUGAAGGAGGAAUUCAAGUCAGAAUCUGGAUAUCGCGCAGGAACUUCCACUAACCCCGUGUACGUCGGGGAGAAUGAAGUAGAAGCGUCUAUGUAUGAAAUUGACAUCACGAAAACGGUUCCGAAGGUGAUAAAACUACAAAUCGAAGCAACCCUUUUCCGAGGCGAGGAGCGCAACCCAAUCGAUUUGACAGUACAGCCGAAAAAUGCAUCAGCUGUAAAUCGGAAAAUGCGGGGUCUCAGUGGAGCUGUGGACUUGAUGCUAGAAUUGAUCGGCGUCUCCGAAGAGGACAAAUGGAAGUACAUCUACGAUGCCGGGAACGCGGUCUAUACGUGCGUGGCGCCCCAAGACUUUGCGGAGGAGAAAGUGUGCAAGUUUAGGAAGGAACAACUCCUCAACCCCCCGCGCCCCGAGGUGAUCCAAUUCUUCGGGCAAAGAUGGGAAUUUUGCGAGCUCCGAAUGCGCUUGGUGAAGCUCGUCCCGCUACGCCAGAUCGGCGACGAUUUCACUUCUGAGAGCAUGACCUUCUUCGACAUCCUCACCAACGCGCCGCUGAUCAAGGCUGGUUACUCAAAAUUCGGACGGGAUUGGAUAAACAUGCGCGAACAUCCGGAAGAGCUGAAAGCCCGCAAGAGCGGAAUGGUGAUGCGCACCGGGUUCGAGAAGAGCGUCUCGGCGCAUGGCAAUAAACUUAUGCUCAAUUUUCGGGUUUGCAAGAAGCCGUGCUUCAAAGGGCAGACCCUCGUCGACUACCUUAUGGCCACACAGGAUGCGCGAUGCCCGCGUGACUUGGAUGGCCUGCUGCGCGAUAGGGCCGGUCGCAAGAAUGUUUCCCGGCAGAUCAAAAAUUUGUACGUGAAAACCACGCAUAUGCUGACGGAAAGCGAUCAACGCCAGAUUUUCCUCUUCCAGCUCCACGACAAAAGUGCCAAUCAGGAGACUUUCGACAAUGACGGCCGACAGACCACGGUUGCCGAGUAUUUCCAAGACAAAUAUCUCCGCACGCUCAAAUUUCCCGAUCUUCCGCUGGUCGCGUCAAAACGAGGCAACAAUAUCACAUACUUCCCUCUAGAAGUGCUGGUGAUUUGCGAGGAUCAGAGUCUAUCAAAGGACCGCAUUGGAGUAUUUCAAAAAGAGGUCGUCGAAAAGGGCCGUUUCACGCCGGCCGAUUUCAGCCGCGUCAAUCGCCAGCAAUUCGAGGACAGUGGCCUGUCUCCUCGAAAGGAGAGCCCAUACCUGAAGACAUUCGGCGUCUCCAUCCACCCGGAACCAAUGAUGGUCAAGUCGCAAAAGAUCAUACGCCCCGAUAUCGUCACCAAGAAUGUUGUCGAUCCAGUUCGAGCGGGUCAGGACGGGUCGAUUCGCUGGAAUACGAUGGCUCAGAUGCCCUACGCUGAGCCAAUAAUCGUGCCCCGAACGCUUGUGUUGAACUACAAUCGCGCCGUGCGUGAUAUGCGAUCGUUGGAAGGUGCUAUUGAACAGCUUCGUCAGCACGCUCGCGUCCAUAAGAUGAGAUGGGAUGAGCCUCCGAGCUUCGAGGAAAUCUCCCACAUGGAUCGCGACGGCUUCGUCGAAUUCUUAGCCAAAAAGAAACAUCACGGCUUCGGCUUUGUGCUUCUAAUCUCUGGGGAGGAUCCGGAAGCUCACGGCGGGCUGAAAUACGGGGAGCAAGAGGUCUGCAUCUCCACUCAAAACAUCCUGCCCAAGACGCUGGGGCUUGGUGGCGGAGGCGGGGGCCGAGGACUCGGGAAUGACACGAAAGAAAACAUCAUCAAGAAAAUGAAUCUGAAGCUUGGUGGCGUCAACUACUCGCUCGCCGUGCCCGGGUCGAUCAACAAGUUUGUACAGGAGCACGUCUUCUCUAAGGAGCGUAUGUACAUCGGCUUCGCCAUGUCUCACCCGGGGGCCCAGGCCCUGCAUGAUCGCAUCAAUAAGGCCGAAAUUGAAUCGCCGACCACGAUCGGGAUGAGCUUCACAACAGCUCACGCAACCGUGUAUCGUGGACGCCAAUACUGCCAACAAUCACGACAAACCAUCGUCCAAAAUCUACGCGCAUACAUUUCCGAUGCCCUACAACAAUAUGAAAAGGAGGCUAAACGACUCCCCGCAGAAUUGUUCAUCUACCGAGACGGUGUCUCUGAUGGUCAAUUUGAGGAGGUAUUAAACACAGAAGUGCACGGGCCAACCGGACUCCUGAAAACAAUCGCGCCAAAUAUGACCGUCUACUACGUGAUUGCACGGGAAAGCUCGGAAAAGCUCAUCCCUGCGAACGUGGAGCGAUUGAGAGACCGCAAAGUCGGAGAACAGAACAUCCCGGCCGGGACGGCAAUUACGAUCGAUGACGACAAGGAGUACCUAACGACCCGAAUCAUCUCCCAGCGAUCCAUCAUCGGAACCGCCCGCGUCAGCAAAUACACCUUACUUUUCGAGAAAAUUGAGGGUAAAUCGAAGAAGAUGACCAAGGAGGAGCUCAAUUUCGUGACGAAUGCGCUUGCGAAUGGCUCGGGGAUCAGUACGGCGUCGACGAGUUUACCGGCCCCCCUUUUCAAUGCCCGAAAGCACGCCGAGCGCGCCGACGAGCAGUACAAAUAUCUGAGCGGUGAUGCCGAGCAUAGGCGGGAUGGCACCUCGGACAUCUGCGCGCGUGUGUCGAAGAUCACGCUCGGCGAUCGGGAUUUUGCUGCC